CAACAAUGAAUAUAACUCUGAUAGUAUCCCUUGUACUAGCUCUUAUGCUAAUUUUAACGUUGACCCUUAUGCUAACCCUUAUACUGACCCUUAUUCUAAUGACCCUUGUACUGACUCUUAUAUUAACUCGGAUGCCGAACCUCAAAAUAAUGAUGAUAAACUUUGUAGUACCACAGCCAGAAGAAAGACUAUUGAUGGAAAUGAAGAAGAAAAAAGUGUAAAAAAAAUCUGA